ACUACGCACGGCUUUGUAACCUUCCUGUUCCCGGGAGACAGCAUGAGUACGGUCAGGACGCUUUGAUGCCCCCUUACCAGCCUGACUACUCGGUCUCACCCUCGGAGUACGACCCCCAGCAGGCCCUCCGUGGUAACCUGCCCUUCUUUGUAGACGCACGCUAUCCAUUUGACAGUUUCGAGGGACUGCAGGCUGAGGAAUGCGGUAUUCUGAAUGGCUGUGAGAAUGGGCGCUGUGUCCGAGUGCAGGAGGGCUACACAUGUGACUGCUAUGAUGGCUACCAACUAGACAUAACCAAGCUGGAGUGUGUUGACGUGAAUGAAUGUAUCGAGCUCAAUGAUAAAAUGUCACUUUGCCGGAACGCCAAAUGCAUCAACACCGAUGGAUCGUACAAGUGUGUGUGUCUGCCGGGUUACGUCCCCUCAGAGCAGCCCAAUUACUGCAUAACCACAGAGGCACAGAAAGAGUCAAAGUUGGAGUAAUUUGUGAAGAAGGUUCAUGUCCCCCCUCCCCCCUCCCCUCUUCCCAACCCCACUACUGUACAAAUCCCACAUACGCUCUGCACCCCCUCCCCCUGCCACCACACACCAGAUCCCCCUCAAGAAGCAACGUACAAACACUCCAUCUACGCAACACCCCCUUGUCAAUGAGUGUUUGCCAUCAGUCGCUGAUGCCAUUAAGGAAGGGGACACCAAAUGGACAUAUCGUUUUUCUCAAGCUGGGGAGUCACCCCAAUUCUACCAAUGAGCAGAAAGACCAAAUGGAUUCCUAAUGUGCUUCUUCUUUUUAUAUGGAAAGGAAAGCCCUCUCAAUAAAGUGAGAAAGCACACCGCAUCUGCAGUCAUUCACACAAAAUAGCAUUUGUUAUUAUCACAAGGUUUACACUAGGUAUAACAGCGGUGAAAAUAUUUUGUAUUACUGUUAUAAGGCGUAUUUGAUAAAAUGCAGUAUGUGUUUAUACUGCUUUGACUUUAGAGUUUUAUGACAAAUGUAAAUUCUUUGAUAGCAACUUAUAGUCUGUUUGUAUGUUUUUUUUUAAAAGGUCGUGCUAUUCUGUGUCUGGAACAUUGUUCAGUGACAGUUUUUACCUUGUUCAGUGUCUGCCCUGUGGAGCAGGCGUGUCGUUUCGAUAAGGUUUUUUUUUAAAAAAAAGAAGUUUUAUACAACCGUAGAGGUGUGAAGUUCCUGGUUAUGUUCUCCACACAUUAUAUACUGCACUACAACCACACAGUUCAAACUUGCCAGGUUGCAAAAGCUGCUACAGGACAGCCAGAAGAGACAUGAUGUGUACAGUUACACUGAAGAAAUAAAAGAACCAGAUUAUUGUAUUGUAAGUUGUAAAUUGAAACAAAAAAAAUUCACAAGCAGAUAGCUCUUGUAUGAUCAUCUUAAAGCAUAUUAAAGCUGUAUUCUAAACCUCUGUAAAACCUAUAAAUAAAUCACUUAUGGAAGUGUA